AGUGAAGCGGCAGACAGCCGCUUGAAGUGUGUAAGCAGCCAACCACUCCUAAAUUAAUCGCAGUUACUAACCCUGGAAGUAUUUCCUUUUGGGGAUGUUCUCCAUUGUUUGAACUCUAUAUCUAUCAAGCUGCUCACAGGUCGAUUUAUGUUUUUUCAUAUUCGAGGUAUUUGAAGAGGAUUUUAAAGUAGACGUUUGAGUCUGGUGUAUGCGGUGAAACACUUUUGGCAUCAUCCAAAUUCAACACAUACCCUAGCUAGACACCAUGCCGUUCCCAUUCGGGAAGUCUCAGAAGAGCCCGGCAGAGAUAGUGAAGAGUUUAAAGGAGCAUGUGGCGUACUUGGAGAAGCUGGAAGCAUCUGAAAGCAAGAAAUGUGAAAAGGUUGCAGAGGAAGUAUCAAAAAAUCUAGCGUCAUUGAAAGAGGUGCUGUCUGGCACUGGAGACAAGGAGCCUCAGACAGAAGCCGUGGCCCAGCUGGCUCAGGAGUUGUACAACACCAACCUACUCAUUUCCCUCAUAGCAAAUCUACAGAGGAUUGAUUUUGAGGGAAAGAAGGAUGUAGUGCAUCUGUUUAGCAACAUAGUACGUCGCCAGAUUGGCGCUCGCACCCCGACAGUGGAGUACAUCUCUUCUCACUCACAGAUCCUCUUCAUGCUGUUGAAAGGCUAUGAAACUCCAGAAGUGGCUCUUAAUUGUGGCAUGAUGCUGAGGGAAUGUCUACGCCAUGAACCUCUGGCCCGAACUGUUCUGUUCUCUGAGGAAUUCUAUUGCUUCUUCCGCUAUGUGGAGCUAUCUACCUUUGACAUUGCCUCCGAUGCUUUUGCCUCCUUCAAGGAUCUCCUGACAAGACACAAGAUCAUGUGUGCAGAUUUCUUGGAAACAAAUUAUGACCAAGUGUUUACGGAGUAUGAAAAGCUGCUGCAUUCUGAGAAUUAUGUCACUAAGCGUCAGUCUCUAAAGCUCCUGGGAGAAUUGCUGCUGGACAGACACAACUUCACAGUCAUGACCAAAUUCAUCAGUCGAGCUGAGAACCUGAAGCUGAUGAUGAACAUGCUGAGAGACAACAGCCGCAACAUCCAGUUUGAAGCCUUUCAUGUUUUUAAGGUGUUUGUCGCUAACCCUAAUAAGACACAGCCUGUGCUGGACAUCCUACUUAAAAACCAGUCCAAGCUGGUAGACUUCCUGAGCCACUUUCAGACGGACCGUUCUGAAGAUGAGCAGUUCUGUGAUGAGAAGAACUAUCUCAUUAAGCAGAUUCGGGACCUCAAACGGCCUGCACCUCCAGAGGAGUCCUAAUAGGAGAAAAUUGGAAAAUCGAACCGCGGAGCUUGGCUAGUGAUGUGAUUUAUGUGGGUGAGAAUUGGAUGGGAGGGAAAACAAAAUAAGUCAAAGAAAGUAGGAAAGUCAUUGCUUGGACUAAACCUCUUUACAUCCAGCCUCUGAAAGAGGUUGAAAAGUUGUUGUUAGUAUAUGCAAACUCUGUUUUUCCCUGUACUAGGGGGCAAGCAGGUUUUUGCCACUAAAGGAGCAAGUGGAACACAAGUACUCCAUUUAUACCCCCCCAAAUUUUUAAAUAAAAUAGAAAUAUUGAUUACCAUGGUACCAUGGUUAGUGCCCUACAAAGUAAUUUCCUUCAGUCACAGAUUUAAUGGUAAACCUUUGCAAACUUUAACAGAUUUUUAAGAAGUGGAUUUGUACAUGUGUGGCUCUGCAUAUUUGCACUAAAUCUGGUAGCUUUGCUCCAGGUAUAUUAUUAGUGCCAGUUUAGACUCUUAGUACAUAAAAGAAAACCAAAUGCUAAAGGACGCGUUACAAAUUAAAAAAUGUUGGGACAUAAAAAAAACAAAACUUUACGUUAAUGCAAAUUCAACAAGAAACACUCAAACAUUUAACCAGGUUGGGGACAUUACAGCAUUUUAGUAGAGAAUCUCCAGAAAAUGUGACCUAUGUUCCACCAGAAGCUAGCACUUAUCUUUGUUUAAAAAAUAUAGCCCAUAAAGUUUAAUUAGUGUUGAAUGUUGCAUUCAGUUUCCAUUUUAAUUUGGUGACUUGUAGCUUAGUCAUUCUGGGUCUUCUAUUACAUGUAUAUUUAUCUAUAACAUUGGAUUUGUAGUAUUCUGCUUUUGCUUGGGUUAACACCUCAGGAAGACUAUUUUCAUUUUAGUUAUCAAAAAAUAUAUCAAAACAAACCCAUAUAAAGAGUUAAAACAUUUUCUCAGUUCAUGUGAACCAUGCAAGGAAUUUAAGGUUCGUAGACUUCAGUAAUGCAAAAAUACAUGGUACACAAUUACAGUGCAAGACGUGAUAACCUCCACAUAUACACUGUAACAUUGAAAGAAUGUCAACUGCAAGGACUGGGGUGUCUUGACAUUCCUCAUGCUGCAUUUUGGUGGACAGAUUAGACAAGCCAAUUAAGCCAUUAACAAAUGGUUGCAAAAAAGAAAGACCAUUGAUUACAAUUCUUAAUGUACUGCACUGUCAAACCUGAAUGAGCCAAAACUGUGGUAAUACAAGUUAUAUAUCUUAAGAUGUCUGAUUAUACCUACAAUUUGGUUCUAUGUGUUGCACUUUUCAGUACCUCUUGGAGAUUUUAGAUGAAAUGCAGAACAGGUUCUACUGAAAAGUUCCAUUCUAAUCAUUAGCAUUGGUUCCUUAGGUUGAAUAGAUAUAUUUUAUGUACUCUGUUUGCACAAAUUCUUUUCUCAUAUUAUACCUCAUAGGUUUUAAGUUCCCAAGUGCUGUUUUUUCCCCCCUUGUCAAUAUUAUUGUAGAUGUGGGGCAGUAGUUUGAAUUAUGCAAGCAAAAUAAGACCUCCCAACAGGGGAAAUUUGUGGUCUUAAAUGCUGGAUAGGACCUACAAGAGAAACGGUUUCAUUUUUGCAGUUUGCUAAUGGUACAUAGAAUGUCACAAGUGUGAGAAGAGCACUCGCUGUGUGAAUGUAAAUGACCCACAGUUUCACUCUAAAAGGUUUUUAAUGGAUUAAUCCAAAUGUCAACGUGUGCUUGUGCUUUGAUACCACUGUUCAGUCAGCUUAUCACUAACAGCAAAGAUGUUUAGAAAGAAAGUGUUAAGACUUUCGCAUGUGAAAAUUUUUGAUUAAGGUUUUUGGAGGUGGAGGUGGGCAAACCAGAUGAGCUGCCUUUUAUUUGCUUUUGGAAACAGCACCAAGUGUGAAAUCGAAUACAAUGCCUUUGUCUUCAACAUGAGCUUUUUUUCCCCAAAAGGUUCUACAGAUAUCCAUAACAAAAUAUUUAAAUAGCUUCAUUAAAUGUCACUUAAUACCAAAAGUGCAAGAAUGGUUUUAAGCUAAAUGUGAUUAUUUCAUUGACAGGGUUUUAAAGGAGACAUUUGUCCGUAAGCUUAUUAAAGCUUUGAGCCUUCAGAUUCUCCAUGUAGUGCUAGUGCUCUUGGAUAAAGAGAUUCAAAAUAACAUGGUUGAUAAGUUAUUAUGGUGGAUUAUACCCACUUUAUAUUAACUUAAGAUUUUGAUCAUGUUUGAUGUGCUUAAUUUUCACUCUGUUGCCUUUUCUCUCAUUUUCCUUAUGAUUUUUUUUUUCUUGUUAUUAUCCACUGUGGGAGAGGAUUAUAUAUGUACAUAAAGUUUUAUUUUAAAAGAUGUAAAAGUGUGGAGGCAUACUGAAAAUAAAAUUAACAAUGGCA